AUGGCUUCAUCAGCGUCCACCAAAGACCUAUCAAAGGCUAUCAAUGCGUUCCUUCCGACUCCAACCCUGCCAUUGCCCGAUGAGCUUGCCCAGGUGAUCGAAGGCUACCUCGAGAAACAUGAAAAGUACGACGAUGCGGCAGCAGAUCGUCUACAUGAGGAGCUCAUGUUGAUUUAUCACAAGAGCGUCCAGGACCAUCCCGCCAGAUAUGCCCCUUUUCUCGCUAUCCUACGACAGCUACGGCCUGCGGUCAAGACAUCGGAGCGCUUCAUUCAGUGGUGGGACAAGCUGGUUGAGCCAGUGCUUGAUCAUCUCGGUCAUGAGAAAGGCCUUGCAAGCGAGGCAAUUGCCAGCACAAUUGAUAUCCUCACCGCCGACGACGCAAAUCAGGAUAAUGUCACGCCUGACUCGGGGUCCCUGCAGCUGGCCAAUCGACUGCUAGGAAAAUGGAUGCACUUAUACCAGAUCACCCAACCUGAGGGCAAAUCCGCGCAGGGCUUCAAGGAGAAGCUUCUCCGGGAAACGGUGCUACAAUUUGCCAAGAAGAGGCCCAAGAGAUACGUCACAGGUCGGAACGGUUCAGACAAUGCCAUACACUACAUCCUAACUUUUACAGUCUGA